CUGUCGGCUUCUUCAAAAGAUUGUCCAGGCAAACCCCGUCCAGGAAGUCGUCACAUCGGCGGUCCACGAGCCUGUAACCCGAAUAGUGUAUCGAAGUGUAAAUACGAACGUGUGCAUGGCCAUGAUGACAGAACAAGAAGCAAAAACAUCAUAAUCCCUAGUGCGAACGAGGUGCGGUUUGAAGGAGAAGGAAAAAUUUUUUUGUUUACGGGCGCUAAUGAGCCCACUACUACACCAGCCGGACGACAAAAGCCCACUUGUGGGGAGGGUCCGCGCCGAUCGUUGUUGCUUGAUGCCGGGGGGUACCUUGGCUAUAGUGGUGAUGCUAAUGGCUGCGAGUGGUGUGAACUGCGGUUUGGUGUGGCCUGGUCAGAGUCGAUGCGUCGGCAGGCAGGGGAGCCAAGGGUUGUUGGAUGGUUGGAGGAGUUCCAGCCAGCAGCAAGGCUGGGCGAAUUGUCUGGAGCGAUUUGGCAAUGCAAUGCAGACGAAGCAGAACGAGCAUGGAUUACAACUACCCUCAACGUCGGGAAGCGUGACACCACGUUGGAAAUGGAAAUGGGCGUGCCCUAGGCAGAUGGGACCAGGUUCGUCGGUGAUUGGGGCGGGGGAGCGGGUCUCGUCUAAGCCUUGUCUCUCGGCGGAUGCCUCGACUUUUUGUCUCGGCCGGAUCGACGGGCAAAACGUUUAAUGAACUGACCCUGCAGGCUCGUGUGGUCCGUGGCGGCGGGUGCCCUUGUGAUGAGGAUUCCCCGUACAAAUGCGCACAUCGUCGUAGGCGGACAACUGAGAAUCCGCGUGGGGGUUUCUU